AUGCGAGAAUAUGGAAUCGUGUGUCUCAUAAGAAGCUGUGUUAGUGCCGCGGAUUUGCCCAAGCUCCGAUCGCUCCACGCGAAGAUCCUCCACAGCGAUGCGCUCCGCGGCGAUCGAUUCGUCGCCAACGCGCUCAUCCACGCCUACGCCAAAUGCGGCCGCGUCGACGAGUGCCAGUGUGUGUUCGACGCGAUCCAGGAGCCGAAUUCCUUCUCCUGGAACGCGAUCGUCACGGCCUAUGCGCACAAUGGAUUCGUGGAUGCCGCGAGAGUAAUCCUCCCGCGAGCUCCUCGCCAGAGCCUCGUCGCGUGGAAUGUGGUGAUCUGCGCCUACGCCAGGGCCGGGAGGAUCGAUCUGGCGAGGGAAGUCUUCGAGAAGAUGGAAGAUCGCGACGGCGUGACUUGGAACACGAUGCUGGCCGCGCACGCCCGGACUGGAGACCUCGCGAGCUCCGAGACCAUCUUCGCGAGAAUCCCUGCCAAGGACGCCUCGUCGUGGAGCAGCCUGAUCAACGCAUACAUCGGCGCUGGCGAUCUGGCCCGCGCGAUCGAGGCGUUUGAGCGAAUGUCGGCGUUGGAUCUCAUCUCCUCCACCGCGAUGCUGCGAGCGCUCUCCAAUUCCAGCGAUCUCGCCGGAUCCAAGGGACUGUUCGAUCGAAUGGAGCAGCGAGACGUCGUCUCCUUCAACACGAUGAUCAACGCCUUUGCCGAGAGAGGGCAUCUGGAAGAUUCGAUUGCCGUGUUUGUGAUGAUGCCUUCCUGGAACGUAGUCUCUUGGAAUUGCCUCUUGCUAGGGCUUUCGCAGGGAGGAUUUUACCAAGAUGCGUGGAAUCGUUUCGAAUUUUUACCGCAGCGAACGGAAGUUACUUGGAAUACCAUGGUAUCGGCAUUUGCCCAGGCUGGAGAAUUCUUAAGGUGUAAAUUGGCCUUUACAAGAAUGCCUUACUGGGAUUCUAUAACUUUUACCACGAUGAUUAGGGCCCAUGGCCAGCUGGCGUCCGUGCAAGAAUCUAGAAAGCUCUUUGACCAGAUGGAGAUACGAGAUGCCUUUGCCUGGCAUAUGCUUUUGCAUGUCUAUGCCCAGUCUGGGCAUCUUGAAGAUGCUAAAAGCAUAUACGCCCAGAUGCCAGAGCACGGGCUGAUGCCUAGAAUCUUUAUGCUGCAGGCGUUUGGAGAUUCCGGGAAUGUUCGGGAUGCCGAGGAGAUAUUCCAUGCCAUCCCCGAGCACAACCAGGUGACAUGGAACAUUCUUCUCAACGCAUAUGCCCAGAGCGGGGAUAUUCCUAGUGCAAAGGCGAUGUUUGAGAGAAUGCCAGAGAAAGAUCCCGUGUCGAGCAAUAGCCUCGUCGCAGCCUACUGCCAAUUAGGGCUGCUGGAAGACGCAAAAGAGCUCUUUGAUAAAACCCCCGACAGGAGCGAGCUCCCUUGGUCCUCGCUGAUCAGCGGAUAUUCCAAGGCAGGAAGAGUAAAAGAUGCGAAGAUUCUCUUCCAGUUGAUUCCAUUCCGGAAUCUCGUCACCUGGAACUCAAUGCUGGCCGUGUAUAGCCAGAAUAAUUUCAUGAGCGAUGCUAGAUUCGUUUUUGAUACCAUGCCCCAGAGGGACUGUGUGACGUGGACCUCUAUGAUUGUGGGAUAUGCCCAAGACGGGCAUAUUAAGCACGCGAAGGAAUCUUUUGAACUCAUGUCCGUUCACGAUAGAAUAUCCUGGGUAUCGAUGAUCCAGGGAUAUGCUCGGUUUGGGCAUAUGGCCGAGAGCCGGGAACUCUUUCACGCGCUUCCACUCUGCGAUGUUUCGCUGUGGAAUCUUAUAAUCACCGCGCAUGCCCACUCCGGGCAUCACGAGAGCGCGAUCGAGCUGUUUGGGCGGAUGCUGCUCGAGGGCCUGGCAUCGAAUUCGAUAAGUUUUUUGGGAAUUCUCACGGGAUUCAGCCACUCGGGUUUGAUGGCAGUCGCCAGGGAUUUCUUCUUGUCGAUGAGAUUGGAUCACGGGAUCGAGCCGGCUGGGGAUCACUACUGCUGUUUUGUAGAUCUUUUGGGGCGAUUGAAACUCCUGGACGAGGCCGAGGAGCUCGUCAAUUCCAUCCCCACGCCGGUGGAUCGCGUGGUGGCGUGGAAUUCCUUGCUGGGCGCUUGCAAGGCUCACGGCGAUACCGAGCGCGCGACACGCAUUGGGCAGGACGUCCUGGGAUCGAAUCCCACCUCGCCCGGUUCGUACGUCCUAGUAUCGGAUAUUUACAGGGGAAUGGGACCCGUCCGUACGCCUGGCGCCGACGGCUGCGAUUGGGGAAUCUAG